GUAUAUUACUAUAUAUAUACCAUCUCUUAUUAUUUUUACAUUUUUGUUGUUGGAUCAAGCGAUCAUAAAAAAAAAAAAAAGAAUCAAUGGCGGACCAAACAAGAACCCACCAAGACAUAAUAGUCCGAGACACUAGUUUCCCGGAGGGGCGAGACCAUCCGAAGGCGAGGCAGAUGGUGAAGGCAGCAACCGCCGUCACAGCCGGUGGAUCACUCCUUGUCCUCUCCGGCUUAACACUCGCCGGAACAGUGAUCGCACUCACGGUGGCUACUCCUCUACUUGUCAUUUUCAGCCCUGUCUUGGUCCCGGCAAUGAUCACCGUCGUUCUCAUCAUCACCGGAUUCCUAGCCUCUGGUGGCUUUGGCAUAGCCGCCAUUACCGCCUUCUCUUGGCUUUACAGGCACAUGACGGGGGCUGGAGCGGAUCAGAGGAUAGAGAGUGCUAGAAUGAAGUUUGGGAGCAGAGGCCAAGACACCAAAUUUGGGCAGCACAACAUUGGAGUCCAACAACAACACCAACAAAAAGCUCUCUGAAAAUUCAAUAUCAGAUAAAACGAGAAUUCCACAUCAAAUUUCUCAUCCAUCGUUUGAUCUGUUUUCUUUGUUUUUCUCCAACGUUUGUGUUUGGAACGUUACGUGUAAUAAUAACAUGAGUGUAUGUUGUCAAUCUUCAUCUUUGUUAGUUCUUUCUUUGAAACAUUUGUUAUUUUGAUCCUUCAUGUUUUGUUAUUGGAGUACCUACGGUGUCUUCAUGUUCUGUAAAUUGGUUUUUAUCUACCACAUCAUCGUCAAUAUUAUCUUU